CGGAGUCUCUCUCUUUGCCAGCGCUUGCGAGGUCGUAUCUGCUCUUGCGCAGCUCAUUCUUCCAUCCUCCUUCUCGUAAUCUGCGUCUGCUAAAAUGAAGGUGGUCGCUGCAUACCUUUUGGCCCUUCUGGGAGGCAACUCCGCCCCCACGGCGAAGGACAUUGAGUCUAUCUUGGGUGCAGUCGGUGCUGAGGCAGAUGCGGCUAGAGUAAGCCUAUUGUUGAAGGAGCUCGAGGGAAAAGAUAUCUUGGAAGUUAUUGCAGCAGGAAAGGAAAAGUUCGCAUCCGUACCCUCAGGUGGAGGUGGCGGUGUUGUGGUGUCUUCUGCAGGCGCUGGUGGCGGUUCUGCUGCCCCUGCUGCCGAGGAGAAGGAAGAAGCCAAGAAGGAGGAGGAGAAGGAAGAGUCAGAUGAUGACAUGGGCUUCAGUCUGUUUGACUGAGCUGCAUUUGGAUCAUGUUCGCUCAGUGCUAUCCUGACGGCUAGGUUUUUUUGUUUUGUUGUCAUCCUUAACCAGCUGCUACCACAUGUGGGACCCCUUAGAGAGGAAAGCAUCUCUGUACCAUGAUCCUGGGUUUGACACGAAGAAGUUAAAUUGUCCGGCCUGAAAAUUUUCUGGUUUUGUUCCCUUGCA